AUGGAGCCACAUAGCCGUUCUGGAAAAAGCAGGAAAUCUGCAAAAUUCCGGUCCAUCUCUAGGUCCCUGAUCCUCUGUAAUGCUAAGACCAGUGAUGAUGGCUCUAGCCCUGAUGAGAAAUAUCCUGAUCCGUUUGAGAUUUCCCUGGGCCGGGGCAAGGAGGGAAUUUUCCACUCCUCUGUGCAGCUGGAAGACACCUCGGAGGUUGGGCCCGGAAGCAUUCCUGAUCUAGCACUGGCCUCUGAGGCUGCUAAUCUCCAAGCAUCUGGGAGCGAUCGAGGCAAGACCUGUAGGAGGAUAUUCUUCAUGAAGGAGUCUUCCACAACUUCCUCUCAAGAAAAGUCUGGAAAGCUAGAAGCACAAAGUAAUAACUUCCUGCUUCCCAAAGCCUGCCACCAAAGGACACGCAGCAACUCAACCAGUGUUAAUCCCUACUGCACAGGAGAAAUAGAUUUUCCUUUGAUCAAGAACUCUGCAACAUCCACAGACAGGCAGCCUUAUUCCCUCUGCAGUAACAGAAAGUCACUCUCUCAACAACUGGAUUGCCCAGCAGGAAAGGCUGUGGGCACUUCCAGACCAACGCGGUCACUAAGCACAGCUCAGCUCAUGCAACCUUCUGGGGGCCUCCAGGCUUCAGUCAUCUCCAACAUAGUGCUGAUGAAAGGGCAGGCCAAGGGCCUGGGAUUCAGCAUUGUUGGGGGAAAGGACAGCAUUUAUGGCCCCAUUGGAAUUUACGUCAAAACCAUUUUUCCAGGGGGAGCAGCGGCGGCUGAUGGCAGGCUCCAAGAAGGUGAUGAAAUUCUGGAACUCAAUGGUGAAUCGAUGGCUGGGCUAACACACCAGGAUGCUUUGCAGAAAUUCAAGCAAGCCAAAAAGGGGCUCCUCACCCUCACAGUGCGAACCCGCCUGACGGCCCCACACACCCUGUCCAGCCACCUGUCUCCGUCGUUGUGCCGCUCCCUGAGCUCCAGCACUUGUGCCACCAAGGAUUGCAGCUCCUUCUCUGUGGAAAGCCCUGUGGCUCCUGCCAAUACUACAAAGCCCAAUUACAGAAUCAUGGUGGAGGUGUCUCUGAGGAAGGAGGCUGGUGUUGGCCUGGGGAUCGGCCUGUGCAGUGUCCCCUACUUCCAGUGCAUCUCGGGCAUCUUCGUUCAUACACUUUCUCCAGGGUCUGUGGCUCAUCUGGAUGGACGGCUCCGGUGUGGUGAUGAAAUUGUGGAGAUCAAUGAUUCUCCAGUGCACUGCAUGACACUCAAUGAAGUCUAUGCGAUUCUGAGUCACUGCAGUCCUGGCUCCAUCCCCAUCAUUGUUAGCCGGCAUCCAGAUCCACAGGUCUCUGAACAACAACUCAAAGAAGCUGUGGCCCAGGCUGUGGAGAACAUCAAAUUUGGAAAGGAGAGAAAUCAGUGGAGUCUAGAAGGUGUCAAAAGGCUGGAAAGCAGCUGGCAUGGGCGGCCAACAUUGGAGAAGGAGCGGGAGAAGAACUCAGCACCCCCACAGCGCAGGGCGCAGAAGAUCAUGGUGCGUUCCAGCAGCGACAGUAGCUACAUGUCUGGUUCUCCAGGAGGGAGUCCCCGCAGUGGUGGCAGUGAGCAGCAGCCCCUUGACUUGGAAGUCAGCACACACAGUGCCAGUCUACACCUUGUACAAGAAACCCAAGUACUGCCUUUGGCAGUGUCCAGACUGCCCCAGGAGAGCUCGCCUCUCCCAGGGAGCCAGGACAGUCACCCGCCGCUGAGACUGAAGAAAUCCUUUGAGAUUUUGGUGAGAAAGCCCACAUCCUCCAAGCCCAAGCCUCCACCCAGAAAAUAUUUUAAAAGUGACAGUGACCCUCAGAGGAGUCUGGAAGAGAGAGAGAAUUCCAUAUGCCCUUCAGGGCACUCCUUGCCCAUGUGUGGCCAGGAAGCCAGAGAGCUGCUGCCACCUCAGCCACUGCAGGAAGGUGCAGCAGGGGGAACCCCCUGCACCCUUGCCUGCUGCCCAGGACCCGGAGCCACCUUGCAGACUACAGCCUCCACAGACGGUGAGCCAGGAAAGAAAACCAGUCCAGUGCAUCAAACAUCCCCAAUAAAACACCCACUGCUUAAGAGGCAGGCUCGGAUGGACUAUAGCCUUGACGCUACAGCUGAAGACCCUUGGGUUAGAAUUUCUGACUGCAUCAAAAACUUAUUUAGCCCUAUCAUGAGUGAGAAUCAUGGCCACAUGCCACUACAGCCCAGUGUUCCCUUGGGUGAAGACAGGACACAGGGCCAUCCGGAUGGCACCUCAUCAAAACUGGACACUGCCAAUAGUACUUCCAAAGUGUACAAGACAACAGACAACAGCACUGUGAAGAAGGGUCCUCCGGUGGCCCCCAAGCCAGCCUGGUUUCGUCAAAGCUUGAAAGGUUUGCGGAAUCGUGCUCCAGACCCCAAAAGGCUACUCAGUGCAGCCUCUUCCACCCAGCCAACACCCACACCCAGGGAGCACCCUGGGCUACACUUGCGGGCCUCCUCCUCCAUCAAGCAGAGAAUCAGCUCUUUUGAAACUUUUGGCUCCUCUCAACUUCCUGAUAGAGGAGCCCAGAGACUGAGCCUCCAGUCCCCACUUGGACAGGCAGCAAAACCUUCUGAAAAGCAAGAGGGAGGACGGGUUUCUGGUGUUUUUGUUCAAGGGCCUCCAUCCACUGUUGAGCAACAGCGGUCGGAGAAAGAGCAGCUGCCACCAGGUCCCCCUGUGGCCUCAGAGGCCAAUGACCCAGGCGUGUCUGUGUCCCCUCCCCCUGGGCUGCAGCCCACUCAGAAGACCCUCCCCACUGACCCAGACCCCCUCCUGAGGCUGCUAUCAGUACAGACUGAGGAAUCGCAAGUCCCCAUUGUCAAGAUGCCAGGCCAACGGGCACGGAGCUUCCCUCUGACCAGAACUCAGUCCUGUGAGGUGAGGCCACCAGACGAAAAGACCAGUAAACUCUACUCCAUCAGCAGCCAAGUGUCAUCAGCUGUCAUGAAAUCCUUGCUAUGCCUUCCUUCUUCAGUCUCCUGUGGCCAGACUCCCUGUAUCCCCAAGGAAGGGGCAUCUCCCAUGCCAUCAUCCAACGAAGACCCACCAGCAAAUACUUCUACUGAAACAUCUGCCUCAGACACAGGAUUCUCACUCAACCUUUCAGAGCUGAGAGAAUAUACAGAGGGCCUGACAGAGCCCAAGGAAGCCGAUGACUGCAACCACUGUUCCCUUCAGUCUGGCCAAUCUGUUAUCUCUCUGCUGAGCUCAGAGGAACUGAAGAAGCUCAUAGAGGAAGUGAAGGUUCUGGAUGAAGCGACAUUAAAGCAAUUAGACAGCAUCCAUGUGACCAUCUUGCACAAGGAGGAAGGGGCUGGCCUUGGAUUCAGCUUGGCAGGAGGAGCGGAUCUAGAAAACAAAGUGAUCACGGUUCACCGAGUGUUCCCAAAUGGGUUGGCCUCCCAGGAAGGGACUAUUCAGAAGGGCAACGAGGUCCUGUCCAUCAACGGGAAGUCUCUCAAAGGGGCCACACACACCGAUGCCUUGGCCAUCUUCCGCCAAGCUCGAGACCCACGGCAAGCCGUGAUUGUCACAAGAAAGCCAGAUUUGGAGAUUGCGCCUGACCCAAACUCCUCUACUGACUCUGCAGCCUCAACCUCUGUAGCCAGUAAUGCUUCUGUAGAAUCCACAGCAGAGGCCACGGUCUGCACGGUGACACUGGAGAAGACCUCUGCAGGGCUGGGCUUCAGUCUGGAAGGAGGAAAGGGCUCACUUCAUGGAGACAAGCCUCUUACCAUUAACAGGAUUUUCAAAGGGACAGCCUCAGAACAGAGUGACACAGUCCAGCCAGGAGAUGAGAUCCUACAACUGGCUGGUGCUGCCGUGCAGGGCCUCACACGUCUUGAAGCCUGGAACAUCAUCAAGGCAAUGCCUGAUGGACCCGUCACUGUUGUUAUCAGGAGGAAAAGCCUACAGUCCAAGGGGACCACAGUCUCUGGAGAUCCCUAG